AUGACCCGUGCACGUGUUGCUGCGCUGGAAGCCUCUAAUUCCAAGAACGACCAAGUCAUUUUGGAAACAAUUCAACGUCUUCUUGAGGAUAAGUUUGCAUCCAUCGACAAACGCCUCGAUUCAAUUGAUUCUCAUUGUGAGGGUUUUGAUAAGCCAUUCCCGCCUCCAUCUGAUGACGACGAUGGUGACGGCUCUCUGCGGCGCGGAGAGAGGGAUCACUGA